GUAGGAAUUCCGUCACCGAGGCGAACUUUCUGGCGUGCCUGACGAUCAUAUGAACAAUCACAUACAUAAGCCAAGUACAAUCUCACCAUUUUCUUAUACCACUCGCCACUUCACCUUCUGCUAACUACUACACUCUGGACACUGUCGAGUAGAUCAGUGCUUUGACGGCGGAUACACAAGCCUCAGUCGAUAUGGACGGCCCAGCAAGUGGUCUCGUGCCACCCCACACUUUCAUCGAGAACGAGGGCUACGUGCCCGAUGGCCAGACACAACGCAAGUACAUGCCGGGUAGCGCACAUGACGAAGAUGCGGCGUAUGGGCAGGAUGAAGAAUACGACGAUCUAUUCGACGCUUCGGAGGACGAUGUCUCGGAUACGGAUUUACAGGCGGCGAAUCCGGCCGACUACACUAAAGCCUACAAUCGACAGCGACGAUUGAACGACACCUCGAUACCCGAAUCGCAGAAACCACGAGCCAACCCUCAAUUAAACACGCAAGCAGCGAUCGACGAUCAAAUCAGAAGCCUUUCGAAGCACACGGCCAAGCUGCGACUAUCAGAUCUUGAGGCAGGGCUGGCUGGCAAGGGCCAUGGCGGCGCGGAGAAGAGCGAUCGGGCGACGACCGAGCAAGUCUUGGAUCCGCGAACAAAGAUGAUCCUGCUUCAGCUGUUGAACCGGAACAUCGUGUCCGAGAUGAGCGGCGUGAUCUCGACUGGCAAGGAAGCGAACGUCUACCAUGCCAUUACCGCACCGCAAGAAGUCGACGGUAAGGCCGCUAUCCCGCCCCUGCAUCGAGCUAUCAAAGUGUACAAGACGAGCAUUCUUGUCUUCAAAGACAGGGAUAAGUACGUGACUGGCGAAUUCAGAUUCAAGCAAGGCUACAACAAGAGUUCCAACCGCGCCAUGGUGAAGAUGUGGGCGGAGAAGGAGUUUCGCAAUCUGAAGCGGAUCCAUGGAGCAGGCAUCCCGUGCCCAGAGCCGAUAUACCUCAAGGCACAUGUGCUUGUCAUGGGCUUCGUGGGUAACAGCAAAGGUUGGCCUGCGCCGCGGUUACGAGACUUCGAUUUUGAACCGACAAGCACCGCAUCGGACGAAGAUGUUUCACGGAAGUGGCGAGACCUAUAUAUCCAGCUACUUGGCUAUAUGCGGAAGAUGUACCAAGUUUGCCGACUUGUGCACGCCGAUUUGUCGGAGUACAAUCUGCUCUACCACGACAAUCAGAUCUAUGUCAUCGACGUCAGUCAAAGCGUCGAGCACGACCAUCCGCGAUCACUGGAGUUUCUGCGCAUGGACAUCAAGAAUGUGUCGGACUUCUUCAAGCGUAAGGGUGUCGAUACACUUUCGCAGCGAGCUGUCUUUGGCUUCGUCACGGUGUCGGAGGGAUCAACUGAGGAGGCCGGCAUGAGGGAGAUGCUAGAAAGAAUGCAUGAGACGCAAGCGGAAGACGGUGAUCAGGCGGACGAAGUAGAUGACGAAGUGUUUCGGCAGCGGUACAUUCCGCAGACGCUCGAGCAAGUGUAUGAUAUUGAGCGCGACGCGGAGACGCUGUAUUCAGGCGCCGGCGAGCAGCUGGUCUACAAGGACUUACUGGCCGACACAGUCGCUGCUGGCGGUCCCGUUCAGGCACCUUCGACUACAAGCGCGGGAGCAGAGGAGGUGCCAGUCAUCAAGAAUAGCGAGGAGGACGAUGUUGAUGAUGACGAUGAGGAGGAGAGCGAGGACGAGUUCGACGACGACGGCGAGAAGCGGCCAAGAGGCAAGCGCUUCGAAGACAAGGACACCAAGCGCCUGCACAAACAGCAAGUCAAGGAGGAGAAGCGCGAGAAGAGGAAAGAGAAAAUGCCGAAGCACGUGAAGAAGAAGCUGGUCAGUCAAGGUUCCCGCGGUAAGAAGUAGCAGUUCGACAAUGCACUCAGCAUCCACCAACAACCGGUGUGGCACUGUGCAUGGAGCAUCGCCCGUGUUCUCACAUGGACGAAUCUUCCUAGACCAACGAGUCCGGGGAUCGCUGCCGUUCGCGGGCCUAAGCAGUUGUACUACGUGUUAGUCGCACCGAAGCCUGGCGAGUCCGAUGCCACUUAUGCAUCAAAUCAGCGAGCGCAAUGAG